AAAACGAUGCUAAGAUUUCAUGUAACAUGGGACAAACAGAAGAUCAGUGGCUAAGAAAUCUCCAACCAUCAGAGCAGGAAAUUUGUGCCAAUAUAAGUACAGGUGAAUUCACAAACUGCAAUAAUCCUAGUCAUGAUCAGAGUGCAGAUGCUUCUUUACAUCUUCUUCAAAAUCAAAGAAGCCAUGUGGAAAAUGUAUGUUCUGAAUGUGGGAAAUGUUUUCUUGAGAAAUCACAUCUUUUUAAACAUCUAAAGAUUCAUACAGGAGAAAAGCCAUUUUCCUGUCCUAUAUGUGGGAAACGUUUCAACCAUAAAAGAAGUCUUGUUGCUCAUCAGAAAAAUCAUACAGGAGAAAAAGAAUUUUCAUGUUCUGAUUGUGGGAAAUGCUUUACUCAGAAAUCAAAUCUUAUUCGUCAUCAGAAAAUUCAUACAGGGGUGAAAGGAUUUUCAUGUUCUGACUGUGGGAAAUGUUUUACUCAGAAAUCAACUCUUCUUAUGCAUCAAAAAAUUCAUACAGGGGAAAAAGGAUUUCCAUGUUCUGACUGUGGGAAAUGUUUUACUCUGAAAUCAACUCUUAUUAUGCAUCAGAAAAUUCAUACAGGGGAGAAAGCAUUUUCAUGUUCCGACUGUGGGAAAUGUUUUACUCGGAAAUCACAUCUUCUUAGCCAUGAGAAAACUCAUACAGGAGAAAAAGCAUUUUCGUGUUCUGACUGUGGAAAAUGUUUUACUCCGAAAUCAACUCUUCUUAUGCAUCAGAAAAUUCAUACAGGGGAGAAAGCAUUUUCAUGUCCUGACUGUGGGAAAUGUUUUACUCUGAAAUCAAAUCUUAUUACACAUCAGAAAAUUCAUACAGGGGUAAAGGGAUUUUCAUGUUCUGACUGUGGGAAAUAUUUUACUCGGAAAUCAACUCUUCUUAUGCAUCAGAAAAUGCAUACAGGAGAAAAAGCAUUUUCGUGUUCUGACUGUGGGAAAUGUUUUACUCAGAAAUCAAAUUUUAUUAGGCAUCAGAAAACUCAUGUUAAAAGAAAUCAAAGUUUAACCUCCUAAGUGCAGAUGAAUAAUAUGGUAGUUGUCACCCACACAAUACCAAGUGCUGAUGAUGACUGCAUAUGACCCCCUGGGGCGUGCAGUUUUGGAGCUG